UGCCACUCGCUUGCUACUCUUCAAUUCAGUAAGAAUAAGAUACAGAUUGAGUGAGUGGAGUGGCCAGUGUUUGAGUUUGAUAAGUUCCAUCAACCGUCAAAUCACUACAAUAGAUUUUAUUAUUCAAUACUCACUAAAAAAGUUUACAACUAGCUCGGGACUAUUCAGUCGUUCAGUGUCUGUGUUGAAGUGUUUAUGUCUUUCCAGAUUAGAUUUGGUUUCUUUUGCUAGGUAGUCGAUGGGCUUGAUUGAAGAUGAACUUGAAGAAGUCCGUAAACUCUGUGAACAUCUCAUUGCUGGCAGUAGACUCAUUUCUUGUGUUCGAUCUAUGGUUCGUGUCGAAAUAAAAAGAACUCAAUUCAAACAGCUGGUUAUCUGCAUCCAAUUCCCUGAGGACUACCCAGCAUCACCUCUCCUGAUUGAGUUGAAGUCAAAAACAUUGGUGGAUCAGCUGUUAGCGAAAGUUACAACUGUUUGUGAAGAGGAAGCAAAAAAAUACUUGGGAAAACCACAGAUUUUAAAGGUUCUCAAACUUCUAAGAAAUUUUAUUGAUGAGAAUCCUUUGUCCUGUUGCUACAAUGAGGUCCUUGCCUUAAAGAAGCAGUUACAGGGUGAUCUGGACGAACUGAAAGUUCGUCAGAAAACAUCUUCUCUCAUCUUAAGAGUUCAACAGGGAAAUUACUAUUUAAGAGCAAAAAUAUUAGUGCCUGACGACUACCCUCUUAAAAACGUUGGGUUGGAGGAUGUGGACACAAACUUCCCACCGUUGUUUGAACGUUUCUUCAUCGCUCAAGCUAAAGAGAUUUCAAGACAGUGUAUUGAGCCACCGCUGCAGAGGAAGCCGUCAGACGCCUUCAGUCCAAAACCGUCUGUGUUGCCCACGGUCAGUUUCCUCAUUGAGGCAUGUCUCCCUCCAGAUCCACAGAAUGUGGAAAAAAACGAAUCAGCAGACAUGCACGUGGAGAGAGUAUACUGUGGCCAUUUGUUUCAUCUGCAAUGCCUCAUCACCUACAUGAAGACCCCUCCGUUCAAAGGUGGGAAGAAGUGUCCACUCUGCAACAAACAGAUAUUCCAUGACAAGUGGAAGGUGAGUGAGAGGUUGGCCGAGGUCAGGUGGGCUCAUCAGCAGGCUCGGGAGAGAGAGCUGCAAGAGGUCUCGGAGUUUUUUUGA